AUGGGAGAAUUAUUGAAAAUAGUUGAAGCUAGUCAUGAAUUUUGCGAUGAGCUACAUCAGUUGAAAGAGAAAUUCAUGCCAGACUUGCGAGCGAAGCUUAGUGGACAGAAAUUGCCGGUUUCCGAAUCUACCAUGGAAGCGGCAAUUGACGAUGCCAUUAUGCGAACUCCACAAAUGAAUCCCACGCCACAACGUGCUGCCAAAUUGAAAUCAGAGAAGGACUUAAAGGAACCGAGACUUAACAAUACAUUACGUCGACCGAGCAGUUGCGAUACCUGUAGGGUGAAGUUAGAGCAUGAACAACAUCCUCCACAAAUGCAUCAAGUUGAUGAAGCAUCAGCAACUAACAGGGAUAGUACCAAGUCUACUGCGAGCGUCAGAUCUGAAGAUGCGGUGGUGGCCAUACCAAGGUUGCUGCAAUAAGGAGAACACGCGGAUGAAAGGUCUAAGCAUGACAUCUAAAAUUCUGAAGCGUCUAUUAGAGAAAGCAGACCACGAUUUCGUCUAUCAAAAACGCACCGGAAGCAAAUAAUCGUGAGUUUAAACCUUAUAAUUACUAUUAUUUUAACUACUUCAUUUCGGGGUGGG